AAAUCAGUUUGUCUUUGAGCGUUGGAGAGGACGGAUUUAAUAUGGUGGAUAUCGAGAAAUUGAUUAAUGAGAUAUUCUUGCGAACCCCUAUAUGGGAUCAAACAAAUCAUUUACAUCAUAAUCGUGAUGUAAUAUCGAAAAUGUGGCAGGAAAUAGCAGCUUCUUGUGGAAUAACAAUUGAAAUUGCUAAAACAAAGUGGAAAAACCUGAGAGACAAUUUUCGGGCAGAAAUGAGAAAAAUAAAUAAAGGAAAAUCAGGAGACGCUGGCGGCAGCCAAGCAGAUCAUGGGUCCAACUGGGUGUGGUUUAAAAACCUGUUGUUUCUAAAGGAUCAAAUGGUUUCAAGAAAAAUGAGCAGCAGUCUUCAAAGCUCUUGCACUGUCACCACUGGUCCAUCAUGCGCACUGUCUGAAGAUUCGCAAAGAGAUACGCAAGAGAUAGAUGAUGUCACAGAAAUUGAAGAAAAUUCAGAGAUAGAAGGCCAAACUCCAGCUACGGAUCAAGAUACACCGACCGCAUCAAAAACCAGUAGUUACACAAAAAGAAAGAGGGGCUCUGGGAUUGACUAUGAAUUGUUAAAUCUAGAAAAAAAGAAGAUUCGAAUGAUUGAGACACAACUAGCACAGAAUAUCCCAGAAUCAAAAACAGAAGAUGAUUUAUAUUUCUUUUUAAUGAGCCUUCACAAACCUCUCAAGGAUCUUCCGAUUGAUCGACAAAUGUUUAUUCGCUUUAAAAUACAGGAAUUACUUUAUACUGAAAUUAUCAGUGCAAACCAAUACCAGCAAAAUACAACAAGCGGUUUAAAUGUUCAAAAUUCUGCAGUUAACACAUUCGUUCCCAGUCAAAGCACUCAGUACAUAAAUCCACCGUCUACAUCUUCGGUUUAUUCCAAUACGUCAGCUAGUAACAGCCAUGAUACUGACCUAUUAUUAUUACAGUAGAAUGUAAUUACUCAGUAUAGGAGAAAUAAAGUUUAAGCCAUUAAGCGGAAAAUACUAUGAAUAUACC